UUUUCCUGGCAACUUUCUGUUUCAUUUUAAUCAAUGAUUAAAAAAUCGGUAAAUACCCUUUUGUUUCCAAAAACUGUGAAGUCUUUUUUUUUUAAAUAUAGAUUUGCCAUGUCAGUGCAGAUAACAGAGGAGGAAUUUUUAAAGCUUCGUCACGACUCAGAUCGUCGGCUUCAGACAUUUUAUGAUCAUUGGCCAGCCUCCAAAGACUACCUUAGAAAAGAAGAGUUUGUAAGACAAGGAUUUUAUUGUGUAGGACUCGGGGACCGUGUGAGAUGUACAUAUUGUCGUGGCUACCUCAGUGAUUGGGAACCAAAUGACGACAUUUUGUUGGAACACAGAAAACACUUUCCCAAAUGUCCCUUUAUCAUAUCACCUUACAAGUUUCCAGAGUUCCGAGACUUUUCUAGUCGUUUGGAGUCUUUCAGUGAUUGGCCUGCACAGUUUUCACAGAAGAAAGAAGAUUUAGCACAGGCUGGGAUGUUUUAUCUUGGGAAAGGGGACCAGACUAAGUGCUUCUGGUGUAAUGGAAUCCUGGCGGACUGGGAACCAGGGGAUGUACCUGUGCUGGAGCACAAGAAGUGGUUCAAACACUGUCAGUGGCUAGAAGUUAUCAAGACAGAACCAUUCUUUGUUAAUGCUGAAAAAGCAAGCAAAGAAAAAUCAAAAGACCAUACAUGUAAGGCCCAGGUAGCUGUCCAGGAUUCAUCAUCUCCAAAAGAAAUGGCCAGACAGAUUGGAUUUUCACCAGAAAGCAUCUCCAAAGCAGCUAAAAAAUGUGGAGGUACAUUUGAUGUAGAGACACUAGUCAAGGCCAUUCUUGAUCUAGAUGAAACUAAAACAGAGGAGGUUGUGCAGUCUCCGACUGAAAAACAUGUUGAUAUGAAAUGCCUAAAGCAGUCUUCACAGUCCUUUGAUCCAAGCUGUAAGAUCUGUUUUGAUGCUGACUUUAACACCGUAUUCUUGCCUUGUGGACAUUUAAUGUGUUGUGAGGGGUGUGCCAAGACAAUUAGAAUAUGUCCAAUGUGCAGAUCCACUAUUACCAUUGCAAAAAAGGUCUUUCUCGAGUAAUGACAUUCCUCAGCAAUAUUAGUCAUUAAUAUAUUAAUUAACACUGCAAAAAUGUUACAUGUAUCAAGACAAAGGUUUUAUUUGAGUAAUUCCCCAGUAGUAAAAUCAUUAUCCAGCAAAAAAAAGUGACAAUACUCUGUGGAUGGCAAAGUUAUAACAUGCUUAUUUUCCCCUUUGUGACCCCUCUCUCUCUCCAAAAAUAAGUGUGAAUUAUUUUAACCAUCAUGUUAAGUGCAUACACUUAUGUCAAUCUUAUCAUAAUUUUUGAUAACAAGAUUUUAAGUAUAUAUGUACAUUUUUAUAAUUUACAUCUUACUUUCGACAUUAUCCACUGGUAAUAAAAAAAUGAUUCUCAAAAAGAAGACAAACAAAAUUUUGAUUAAUCCAUAUUGACUUGUAAGAGAAGUUCUGGAGCCCCCCCCCCCCCCCCUUUCAAAGUUAAAUGAUCAAGUAAAUUGUUUUUUGUUUUUGUUUAUUUAAAAAAAGAAAAUAGUGACAGGGCCAGAUAAUUUAAUACAUGUAGCAGUAUUUUAACUCUGCUGUUCAGGGUAUCCUAACUGUAGACAUUUUUUUCUCUCGUGCUAGAUGACAAUGCAUCUCACUAGUCAAUAGCUAGACACUUUAGACCAAAAAGAGUAAUCUAUAGUUUCUCAGACACCGCCGAAUCAAGUCAAACACUGCCACAUUGAUCAAUUUUAUUGACAUACUGAGAAGGGAGAUAACUCAUUUUCUAGUUUUCCAAGUUGGAAAUAGAAAAUUGAGUUACCACCCUUUUCAUAUAGAUAAUACUUUUUUAUUAGACACACAAUAUAUUUCUCGUUAAUAAGAUAUUUGAUGAAUUAGCUUUUAUAGAAAUGGUUGGAAUAGCAUUAUUUAAAGUUGAGUACAUAUUAUAAUUAAUGUAAGAGAACAGUUGAUAUCAUCAUUUUGUUUAUUGACUGACAUGCGAGAAAAGAGAGAUAACACCUGCUUAAAAAAAAAUAAAUUAAAAAACUACCUGCUGCAUUUAAUGUUGAAAUCUUUGGACUGAGAAACUGAAGAUUAUUAUUAAUUUGCCUUUAGUUGGUAAUAUUAAAUAUAAUAUGUCAGAGGAAAAUAUGUGAAAUGACAAACUACAGUAACUAUAAAAUGUUACUGGAAAAAAAAAUCAAAUUAAGAAUCAAAUAGAUGUUGUAUGCUGGUAGUGCUUGCAAAGUGUAAAAAUAAAGUUAUAUAUAGUAAUUGUAUAAGAAUAUAACUUAUAUAUGAAAACUGAGGCCUUGUUUAAAAAAAAAGUAAAAGGAAGUUUAGGAAAGAUCAAAUAAUCAAAUAUAUU